UGCAGUCUUUCGCCAUGCAGUAUUUCCUGACUAACGAAUGGUGUGGUUACCAAUGCAAUGCACGUAUGUAUCAUUGAACCGCCCGCGCACUCUUUUACCAAAUCGAUCUGUGUGUCUCACGUCACGGCAGAGGAUAGCCCUCGCGAUUAGAGUACAGCGCCUCUCACAGACAAAUCCAUCCAUCCGGCAAAUCCAUCAUCCAUCGACACCGACACCAUGCUGCAGCACCUCUAUCUCUGUCUUUGCCGUCUCCUCCCUCCGCUCCAUCUAUCGGUCAUUUGGUGACCUUGUAGGCCUUGAUGGUCGCCAGCAGCUUCUUGGCAUGCGGGUCAUCCUGACACACACAUCAAGAUCCGCAUCAGCACACCAUUGGCGUCAGCCCAUCAAAGACGGGCUACCUGGAAGUGCCGCCUGACGGGCUCGAGCAUCUCGUUGAUGUAACGGGACAGAUUUGGCUUGACGUCACCGGGGUGCAGACGGCCACUCUGACACACACCGUACACACACACACAUGAUCGACGUGCAAGUGCUUGUGUCUGCUCGUGUCACCAGGUAGUCUUCGGAGCACUGAGCGAAAGACGUAUAGGUGAUGGGCCCGCCGUCCUGGUCGCGGCGGUCGACGCGAAACUCGCCGUACAUGGGGAAGACCAUGUGCUCAAUGUACGACAUGCACGGGUUGCCCUCCAACACCUACACACACAUACCCACACAUAUACACAUCCAUCCAUCCAUCCAUCCACACACGCAUAUGCCGACUGUCCAUCGUACCUGGGGUGGGCAGAAGGCCUUUUUGAUCUUUCUGUUGACGUCGGCCGACAGGUCCUCCAUGAAGAUGGCCGAGUCGGGAUCAGACUUGGACAUCUUCUCCUGGCCCUCCAGCAACCCUACACGCACACACGGCAACGCACCAGGGGUCCGAUCCGACAGACCGCAUGAGGCGGCUAAGUGAGUGGUUGACGGACCUGGCAGCAUGCCGUGUGAGAGUAUGAUGGGUUUGUGUUUCAUCUUGAGCUCGUCGCAGUACUCCCUUGCCAGCAUGUUGACCUUUCGCUGGUCGAGGCCCAGCUGACAUAUGUCCGCCUUCAGCUCAAAGAUGUCCGAACACUGACACACACACACAGACGGACAGACAGACGGGGAAUAGCAGGCGGGAUGGACCGCAUGCCUGUGCCCGCGCGUGUGAGAGAGUACCUGCAUGCAUGGGUACAUGAUUUGUGCGGACGGCUGGUCGUCGCCCUCACCGCGGCCCAUGAUCUGACCGCAGCGCUUGAUCCUGCACACACACAGAUACACACAGACAGUCCACUUCCGACAUGUCAUGUGGCGUGUGCGGCGGUUUGUGAAGGUGACCGUGUGAUGUUGAAUUUCCUGGCGAUGUCCAUUACGCGCAUCCAGUACUGAUUGGAGUUCUUGUUGAUCUCAUCUGACGCCCACAGAAACCUGCAAGCCGCCAGGGGGCACAAUCACACACACGGCUCGCUCCCUCUUUGCUGUUUGGCUGACCUGACGUUGGUCAUGUCCAUGCCGGCGGCCUUCCACACCUCAAUAAAGUACUCGCCCGUCUUGCGAAUCUGACCAUCACACACACACACACAGACACAUAUACACAGGUAUGCCAUCGAUCUCGCACUCAUUGUUGGUUGACCUUGUUGAUGUCACCGCCGAGUUUGUUGUUGAGCAUAGCGAACCAGUCGGCCACCCAGAAUACAAACACACAGCCGCACUUGGUGAGUUUGUUGACAUUGAUGGCCUUGAGGAUCCCCUGCGCUAUGUGCAUCCGACCCGACGGCUCAAACCCGUCAUAGCAAAUCGGGUGGGCCUUCUUCUCUAACAAUGCCCGCAACUCCUGAACACAGCACAAGGUUGAUCUUCUUCCCUUGGCCACACAGUGCUGUGUGUAAGCCAUGCAACCUUGUGCUGUGCUGUGUGGUGGCUUACGUCUUCCUGAAUGCAUUCGGCGCCGACGGACCGGCAGAGUGCAAAGCGCUCGUCGAGUGAGAGGGUCGAGGGCACUGGGGCAGGCCACCGCACAUCCGAACCUAUCACCGCCCUGGUCGAACAUCCCUCGGACACACCGUCGGCACACGCCGCCUGCAAACAGACAGACAGACAGAAAUGGACGCAGUAGUUCGCCUGUGUGUUGUGUGCGGAUCGUACCCCGUUGACAGCUACUGGUGCAGAUGGUGGUGACUCGGUGGCUGCCGUCUUUGGCAUCUCUUUGGACGCCCUCUUGGCGCUAUCUGGCGCAGCUGCAGACGGCUCGGUCGCCUGACACCCACAGCCAUCACACAGCUGACACCAAAGUGACGAUGUCCUCCUCUCUCUCACCUUGGCAGCCAUGAGAUCUCGCCGCAUCUUCUCGACAGCAACCGCGGCGCCCGUGUCGUUGGGCUGAUCUGCGCCCUCCCAUCCGCCGAGGCCGCCGUGCAGAGGAGAUGUCAUCGCUGACUGAUGGACAGAUGCGACUCGUCGAAGACUGCAGACAGGCUGGGCCACAGAUGCCAACUGAGCUCCUGUCAAUG